AGUGCGAAUUCGAUCAUUUGAAAGUUUGACUUUAAAGGCAGUGAAAAGAAAAGAUUGAAGGAAAAAAGUCUUAACAACAAAUUUUUUAACAGUUUCAAAGGUGCUCUAGUUGAAUAAAGACAUCGUGUCUCAUAUGCUGAUAGUCGUAGAUAUAAUAAGGAAAAAUAUUGAAAUUAAUCAAUUAGAUUGCGUAAAUCGAAAAAAAAUCGUUCGAUGAUGGAAGGUUUUUCUGAAGAUGAACAUAAGACUUGGAAAGAAAAGAGAACUAAAGAAUUAGGAUAUCGACCACAACAUGAACAUUUCCAUAAUUUUUAUUUACCCUACGCUGACAAGUUAGAUGAAGAAAGUGCCCAAUGUCUGAAUCACAUCAAACAAGAAUUAGGAAGAACUUUGGCAUUGCGUGAAAUAAAUCCGGGCGUCGGAAUUUUCGUAUCAAAGCUUAUGAGUUAUUUGAAACUUUACGGCUUGAAGUUUUCAAAAGACGAUCACAUAAUUCUUGUUAAAGCGCUCAUUGAAAUCAUUACCAUUCCAAAUUUAGAUCCAAACAAACUCAACAAAUGCUGUAUUUGCCUCUCUCAGCUGCUAAGAAAAUCGCAUUUGCUAUCACCUGAUGACUUGCAAAUUGAAUGGCGACCGUUUUACGAGCUAGCAAAGAUUUACAUUGACAAAAGAUGUUCCAAAGGCGAAUUAAUAAGAUUUUUCCCGAGAUCACGUCGUGGUAUUCAACGAAAGCCCAAUCCCUUCAAUAACUGGAUAAUGACGAUGGCUGAAAGCUAUGGAAUUACUCCACCUGAAGAAUUCAUGCCGAAAGUCGAACAUACAUUGGAACAGAAUGUUCACUUUGUGAUUCAACUUUGUGCGCCCUAUUUUCAUGAGAAUGCAAGUAAAGAAAUCCUUGAUGAGUUAUUGCCACAAUUACAACCAUUGGACAUUGGAAAGUCUGAUUCGGUGAUGGAAAUUCUUUCGCUUUUCCUUAAUCCAAACUCUCAUGAAAUGUGGUUUGAAGAUUUCAUGAACUUAUGGGACACUUAUCAUUACCCACCAUGGAAUAUGGACAUCAUGAAUCUAAUUGCGACAACAGCUUCAAGUACAAUUGGACUUAUAGAUUGGAAUCCUCAUAUCCCGACGAUGUUUACGAGAAUUUUAAGAUCUUUGGAUUUGCCAGUGAGCUACAAGCAAAUGAAAAGUUCAAAGAAUCAAUUGGUUUGUGCUGAUGCAGCUGCUACUUGGAUUGUGUCAGUGCUUGGACCAAAAACCGAUGCAAUGAAGUAUUUGAAGAGUUUUAUGUCAACAAUUGAAUCAUAUUUACAUCCAGCUAAUAGUGGAAAAUGGGUUCGAACAAUUUCUGAUCUUCUCGUUCAACUCGUUAAGUAUUUUCAUGAUAGAUUAACAAGUGAGAAAUAUAAGAAACAUCCUUGGAAGCGACCAAUUCCAGACGAUUGUAAACUUCGUGAAGAAGACAUUACUGAAUUUGUUGAGGUCUUCAAAUCCGUUGCAUUCCAAGCGAUGUAUUCACGGAUAAGUCCAAGUGAAAUUGGAAGAAUUUUCAAAGGUCUCGCUGACUUACGACCUGAAAUUAUUCUACCAGGAAUCUUAGAUCGCGUGUUCACAACAGUUGAUUCAAUCACUGAACCACACAAGUUCACAUCGUCACUUCAAAGUUUAUCAAGUGUCGCUCAUGCGAUGGUUAGUGGACGACGUGGAACGGAAUCAGCUAAAACUCAAGUUAUUCCGCUUUUACUUGCGGUUCUGCCUGGAAUUGACUCCAAUGAUUUCAAGAAGACUUCAAUUACGCUUCAAUACAUCAUAACACAAUCAAUUUUAAUUCCCUUCGUUGACUGCUCAAAAGCUUAUCAAUUCUACGAUGACUUGACUGAAGACGAAACUCUGCUUUGUGAACAAACUGCACAGUUUGAAGAUUUUGUUUUACAAUUUCUCGAUCGUAUCUUUGUUCUUAUUGAGUCAUCAAGUGUUGAAUCAACAAGAAUGGAACACACUUCACACAUGGAUAAUUUAAAAUCAAAGCUGGAAACAAUUUCUGAAGCUUUAAUUCAAAGUGCAGCACAUUCAGUGCUUGGACAAUGUUCACAAGAAAUUCUCGAUUCAUCAACGAAAAAGCUCGUAAAUUAUGUUAAAACCCAUUUGUUGGAACCUCGCGUUGCUGGUGCAGCUAUGAGUACAUUGUGUCGUGUGUUUGCUCGUGUUAAUGGGAAAGAUGUUUAUCGAUCACUUCUUCCAUAUCUUAUUGGUGCUAUUGAAAGUUAUUUUAAUGACACGGAUGAUGUUUUAGAACUUGAGAAACAAAACGAUGAAUUUCUUUAUCACUUUGUGUUGCUUAGCAAUAUAGUUCGUGGAAAUUCGGUAGAAAUUCAACCUUACAUUGAUGAAAUUAUUCCAGUAAUGGAUAAGUUGCUGUUGUGCAAAUGUAAGAUUGCAAAUCGAACAGGUGCUAACAUGUUAACAAAUCUUCUUGUGUCGUUAUCAAUAAUGCAAACGAAUGAUGUUAAAACUGUUCCAGAAGCUUACACAAUGUCUUUGAAAGAUUUCCUUCCGACUAGAUAUUGGGAAAGAAAAAUGGAUCGCAAUGAAAAGUUUGAUUGGUUUCAACCAGGAGAAAAGGAAAGAAAAAUUUGUGAAAAGUUGAUUUAUCAUUAUCUUCUACCAAUUGUUGUAAAGUUUCAAAAAUAUAUUCGUGAUGAAGAAGAAAUUACACGUGACGAUAUGUGCACAUAUCUUUAUGUUGUCACAGGAAUUUUAAAGUGUAACAAUUUCUUAGAUAAUUGGAAUGAAGAGCCGAUAAGAAUUGUAGAAACUGUCACAACAAACUCACCGUUCAAAUUGACUUUAGGCUUCGAUGGAUUAGAAAUUUUUAUGCCUGAUGGCUCAAACGUUCGAUUGGCACUGAUGAAAGUUAUGCAUCAAUUGCAAGAAAAGAUUCUUGAGAAAAGUGAAGAUGACAUUAAAUCAUUGAAGCAACUUCUUGCUGUUUAUGAGAAGAUUCAUCACAGAAUACAUUCCAACUCAAGUUACGAAUCACAAAUUAAAAGUUAUCAAUUGUCAAAACAAUUUCAAGAGUUUAAAUUGUGUCGUGUAAGGAAAGACAUUCGUGCAGUUGUUAUAUCGAGAGUUAUAAUUCAACAAGACUUACGUGAUGAAGUUUCAGCACCUUUGUUUACACAGACUCAUCGUCAGUUGAUGUUAGAUAUGAUAAAGUUAAGUACGAGUCACUAUUCAGCUGUAAGAUCAACGGCUCAAUCAAAAUUAUUUAAAAUGUUUAAUGUUUAUUCGUUUGCUUAUCGAACUGUCAUUGAUAACAUUGCACAAUAUUUGAAGUUAGAUCCGAAUGAGAAUCACGAAGGUUUUAAAGGUGCUUUAUAUUUAAUUGGAACAAAUCGACGUCAACGACUUCUUUUGCGGCCUGAUUGGGAAGUUGUCGAGAAGUUAUGGCUUGCUUUGCUUAAAACUCAACUCAGCGAGAAGCUUUCAAUUAUUAAACUUAUGGAUUCAAUCACAGAUGGAAUAAACAACGAAUUUCAAACAAUUGCGACAAGAAUUGAAGUCAGUGAAAAGUUGGCAUUGUUAGGUGCUGAUAUGAUGGUUGAUAGAAAAGAAUUGCCAGUGAAUUUCUUGAUUGUUGGUGCUGAUCAAUUAGCUGAGCGAAAUAAUUUUAAUGAAAAGAAAUAUUUUUCGAUUAUUCAAGCAAUUGUUCAACAUGUUCAAGAGAAUUCACUUCAUUGGCGUUAUCAUUUGUUAGCUGGUACAAUGAUUAAUGAUUUGAUGCAUCCAUUGACCAAAUACCCACCGGAAGUUACAAAAAUCUUUGUUAAUAAUUUAAUUCAUGAGUCAAUUGAAGAGCGAAUGAUGGCGUUGAGAAUUGUUGACACGGUUUUGAAGCAACAAAAGCGAGAACAUGUCAAGAUAAAAAUUGAUCCAUUUGAAAUUGCUGGUGUUAAACGACCAGUUGGAAAAUUGAAGCCUGGAAUACGUGAUGAUAAUAAAUGGUUACAAUAUGAUAUUUCGAGAUUGCCGAAAAGUCAAGCUGAAUUUUGGCUUAUCAAAUCAAUUUUUGCAAUGUUUGGUGAUGAAUUCUUAGACAAUUUAAUUUCUCACAUGCCAGCACUUAUCGAAAAUAAGACAAAUGAAAGUUCACACCGAUGUGCUGCUGAAGUCAUCGCUGGCUUUAUGCGAGGUGCAAAACAUUGGGGAUAUGAAAAAACUAGAAACAUGUACGAUAAAGUUAUUCCAUUGAUUCGAAUGGCACUAAAUAACAUAACGAAUGAAACUGAUGGAUUUUGGGGAACAAGUUUUGCAACGGCAGCUGAAGGAAUCGAUCCAAUAAAGCAUCAUUUUCUGCAUGAAGUUUUAUUAGAAGAUCCAAUAAAAGAAGAAAAAAGUUUUAUUGAUUGUAGUCGCUUAUAUUGCUUACAAGGAGCAUUCAAUCAGCAUGUUUGGCGUAUGGGAUCUGUUGCUCAUCGGCUUCUUGAAUAUUUACGUCCAUUCUUAAACCAUCCAUUUCAAAAUGUUCGUGAAAGAAUUGGAAGCACAUUGAUAAAUAUUUUCGAAAAUGAUUUGAAUUUUCCUGGCAGUGAACAAUCAAAUUUCUCACCACGUGUCGUUGAUUUAAUUCAAUCAAGAUCGCAUGAAUUUAUAUUGUUGAGAGAACAAGAAAACAUUAAUCAUGUGAUUGAAACUGACACACCAUUUGCAUCUGCUAUUCGAAUGUUCAAAACUAUAGCUCAAUGGAUAACAGGAAUCAUCAAUCGAUGUUCAAACGGCAACGAAGUUAUUUAUUUUGAAUUGCUGGCUAUUGGAGCGAGACUUGAAAGAUGCGAACAUGACACAGAAUUGGCUGAAACAUGCUCAGGAGUGUUGUCGAUGAUUGCACAAGCUUUGACACUGCCACGUUGUAUGAAUGAAUGCUUGAAUAAAAUAGAAGAAAUCUCUUACAGCUCUUCAUGGUCGGCAAGACUUGCAAUUAUAGACAUUAUGCAAGUUAUUGUUUUCCAUAAUAUGGCGAUCGUUUUAAGUCGUUUGGAAUGGAUAGAAAAAGUUCAAUCGAUUGUUUUGAGACUUUUAGAAGAUAACGUUUUGGAAGUUAGAGAAAAAUCAGCAGAAGUUCUUGGUGGUUUACUACAUUGCUCAUUCUUACCAGCAACUGACAAAUUGUUGGAACUUUUCAAGAAAAAAUGUCGUACGAAGGUAAUUAAACGUUCAAAUCGAGUCACGACAAGUUGUGCUGUUGAAGCAGCUAAUGCAAGCGAUUCCGACAGCGCAAAUGCUAUAAGAAUACGUCAUUGUGGAGUGUUAGGUCUUUGUGCCUUCAUUACUGCAUAUCCCUAUGAUAUUCCAGAUUUUGUUCCCAACGUUUUUGAAAUUAUAUCAAAUCAUUUGAAUGAUCCACAACCGAUUCCGACAACGAUUCGUAAAACAUUAGCUGAUUUCAAGCGAACGCAUCAUGAUGGUUGGGACAUUCAUCAGUUGAAGUUUAAUGAAACUCAACUUGCAGUUCUUACUGACCUAACAGUUCCACCAAGUUACUAUGCUUAGUUUCUUUUAAUCAUAAAAUUUUCCACCUUUUUUAAAUCUUUCUGGUUAUUUUUUAUUGUUAAAUAUAUUGCAACGGUUCAUUUAGAAGAGAUGUUUAUUAAAUAAUUAUUAUCAAAUUUGAAGACAGUGCGAGGCAAUGGAAUUCUAUAUUUUAUGAUUAAAUAAAUAAAUAAAAUUUCAAAUUUAAA